CGUUCCGAGGAAAUUGGGGACUCGAGGUUCCCGGGGAAGAGGCGCGGCCCGGGACGAGCGGGGGUGACCGGGGCAGGCCUGGGGGGACCCGGGCGGACCCCGCGCCUCGCUGUGACCUUGGCCGCGGGGGGAGGGGCCCGGCCCUUGCGGGGCAGCCGUCGCCCGCCAGAGGGGGCAGCGGCGACCAACUUGCUUAACUUGGCGCGGGCUGGGGCGGCUCCGGCGCCUCCUCCUCCCGCUGCUGCCGCGCCUCCUCCCAGGUCCUCCUCGCGUCCGCAGCCGCCGCCGGGCCCCGCCGCGCGCCCAGCCCUGCCCCGCAGCCCCGCGCGCCGCCGACUCGCGGAGCCCCUGUCGCCGGACGGGACGGGCCGGGCCGGGCCAGGCGCGCCCCCCGGGCCCCGCCGCGGGCAUGGGCGCGCUGGCCCGGGCGCUGCUGCUGCCGCUGCUGGCCCACUGGCUCCUGCGCGCGGCCCCGGCGCCGGCCCCGGCGCCCUUCACGCUGCCUCUCCGGGUGGCCUCGGCCACCAGCCCCGGGGCUGCGCCCACCCCUGGGCCCGGCCCCCCCGCCGCGCCCCGCGCCGACGGCCUGGCGCUCGCCCUGGAGCCCGCCGGGGUUACGGCCAACUUCUUGGCCAUGGUGGAUAACCUGCAGGGGGACUCUGGCCGCGGCUACUACCUGGAGAUGCUGAUCGGGACCCCCCCGCAGAAGCUGCAGAUACUCGUUGACACUGGAAGCAGCAACUUUGCGGUGGCUGGGGCCCCGCACCCCUACAUCGACACGUACUUCGACGCGGAGCGGUCCAGCACCUACCGCCCCAAGGGCUUUGAUGUCACCGUGAAGUACACGCAAGGGAGCUGGACCGGCUUGGUUGGGGAGGACGUUGUCACCAUCCCAAAAGGCUUCAACAGUUCUUUUCUUGUCAACAUUGCCACCAUCUUUGAGUCAGAGAAUUUCUUUUUGCCUGGGAUUAAAUGGAAUGGGAUACUUGGACUAGCUUAUGCUACCCUGGCCAAGCCAUCAAGCUCUCUGGAGACAUUUUUUGAUUCCCUCGUGGCACAAGCAAAAAUCCCCAACAUUUUCUCCAUGCAGAUGUGCGGGGCUGGAUUGCCAGUAGCUGGAUCUGGUACCAACGGAGGUAGUCUUGUCCUGGGUGGAAUUGAACCAACUUUGUACAAAGGAGACAUCUGGUAUACCCCUAUUAAGGAGGAGUGGUAUUAUCAGAUAGAAAUUCUGAAAUUGGAGAUUGGAGGCCAGAGCCUCAAUCUGGACUGCAGAGAGUAUAACGCGGACAAGGCCAUCGUGGACAGUGGCACCACGCUGCUGCGCCUGCCCCAGAAGGUGUUUGAUGCCGUGGUCGAGGCCGUGGCCCGCACGUCUCUGAUUCCAGAAUUCUCUGAUGGUUUCUGGACUGGGUCCCAGCUGGCAUGCUGGAUGAAUUCUGAAACACCUUGGUCUUACUUCCCUAAAAUCUCCAUCUACUUGAGAGACGAGAACUCCAGCAGAUCAUUCCGUAUAACUAUCCUGCCUCAGCUUUACAUUCAGCCCAUGGUGGGCGCUGGCCUGAAUUACGAAUGCUACCGAUUUGGCAUUUCACCUUCCUCAAACGCGCUGGUGAUUGGUGCUACCGUGAUGGAGGGCUUCUACGUGGUCUUUGACAGAGCUCGGAAGAGGGUGGGCUUUGCGGCCAGCCCCUGCGCAGAAAUCGCAGGUGCUCCGGUGUCUGAAAUUUCUGGGCCUUUCUCAACAGAAGACAUAGCCAGCAACUGCGUCCCGGCUCUGCCUUUGAAUGAGCCCGUUUUGUGGAUCGUGUCCUACACGCUCAUGAGCGUGUGCGGAAUCAUCCUUCUUACCUUAAUCAUCCUGCUGCUGCUUCCCUUCCGGUGUCGGCACCUCCCCCGAGAUCCCGAGGUCGUCAACGACGAGUCCUCCCUCGUCCGGCAUCGCUGGAAGUGAAGAGAGAAGCCUGCACGCUAGCGACCUUGAACUCAAGGAUUAUGACACUUCAAGUGCAGCAGGCAGGGGUUGUAAGGCAAGGCUUCUUCCUGUGUCCAUUAGUCUUAAAUCUCUGUUCUGCUCCCAGAUGCCUUCCAGAUUCACUGUAUUUUGAUUCUUGAUUUUAAAGCUUCCUCCUCCUCUCCUACUUCCAAGGAAAAUGAUAAUAAAAAACACCUCGUUCUUAAUCAAAACAGAGUGAAUUGGGCUUCAGGCUUUAUGUAGCUGGUUUUGCCAAACUAUCUAGAUGUGCCACCCCCCACCAAAAACAACAAAACAGACAAAAAGACUACAAGCCUUCACGUGUUCUCUUCUCUCUCCUAUCUCUGGAGAAAUAAGUGCAUACAGUUUAUAACUCUUCAUAGCUAAUGGGAAGCUUUUUGUAUGAAAUCACAUUUAAGGGUAUUUUGUACCAGGCUCAGCCUGGGUCAGAGUGGUACGAGAAGGCUUGCAAUAUGAUGGCAGAAGAAGUCUGGGGCCUGAUGGCAUAACCAUCCUGCCCCCUUCUGAGGUGGACAGAGAGCAGCAGGUCCCUUUUCUGGGUCUCUCUGUGCUCUGAGCGGGAGCUGGAGUCUACUACGGAGAGAUGGUCACUCAAGUCUUCACCAGCCUCUUCGGAAGACGGAAGGCCUUCACGUGUGAAGGACACCGACUCUCUGUACUCAAUACUUCCAUAGUAUUGUGGGUAUAAAAGUAAAAACUACCUCCGUUGAGACUUUGCCCAGGGUCCUGUGCCUGGUGGGGGUACAGGCAGUCUGGUUCUAGCCGUUGCCCUCACCUAAAGAACCCUCUUUUCAUCAGGUGAGACAUAAUAGGUGCUGAACCACACGUCAGCCUGGAGAUGUUCUGCCACUGAGCUGGUUAUCACCACAUACGCUUACUCUUACUUCAAAUGAAUAAACACUGUAUUAAGGAGAAAAACAGAUUCUCUUUUACUAGCUUAAUUGUUUCUUUUUCCAAGUCUCCUCUGAAGGUAGGUUGCUAAUUACUCUUUUGGGAAACAGAGAAAUGGCUCAAUGCCCGUACUCCUGACCAGCUCUCUGAGGAAGGAAGACAUAAGAUGUGCAAAGGAUGCGGGGGAAUUUCUACUUUUUCCCAUGCUUUGGAACCACGUUGCUCUCUUUGCAGAACCCCUUAGGCUUGAGCACACCCAUCUGAAACAAGCUGUCAAGCAGCUGACCUACAUGCGUCUUCCCUUUGGCGUGUUCAGUCUUUGGUGAUGAGUCAGGUGUGCAGUGGUAUCCUUAUUUGGGAAAAUCCACACUUGCUAUAAUUUAUUUGAGGGCGUUGGUAGAGAAAAGCAGAAGGCUUUAACGUGAUGUCAUUAGAAGAAGCGUUUAAAGCUAAUAUCCCUUCUCUCACUGUGUGCCAAGUUCAAGGUUCCUUUUGCAGUGCUGUUUGAGAUGAGUUGGAUAUAAACUGCAACCCCACCGGCAGGGCUAACGGAAGUAUCUCCUCUGGCUGGAGUGUGACGUGUGUUCAAAAUAGGCUUCCUGUGGAUGUUUCCACCUCCUGGCCUGCUCACUGUCUCCCCAGGUCAGCUCCAGAUUGAGAAAUAGAUGGCCGUGCCAAAGAGAUGCAGUGUCACUUAUUGCUGUCCUCACAGACUCCCCGGCAGCUACAGGAGUCUGUGGCAUUCUUGUGGAGAGGGUUGGAGUUGCAUCUUAGAACUUGGGUCUUGAAAUGGGGUGAUAGCAGGAGAUCCGGUCAUCAGAAGCUCAUCGUCACGUCCACUCUCAGCAAGUUGAGAGGUGACAGUUUCAAAAUACAUUUCAGAGAUGGAAGUCUCUGGAAGUCCAGUUCUCUUUGUGCCCUCUUGGCUUUUUCAUGGGUUUCUAUUUUGUGGGACACUUUACCUAGAUGUGAAGGCAACACCCCUCGACGGUGCCCUCCCCUUGUUGUGAAAAAUCCGAACCCGUGAAAUAAAAGGAGGGAGUUGCAAGUAUGACCCGGUUAAGUUUUGCUACUUAUUUCUUCACUCAGGCGUCUUCUGUUUCAUUUUCCUGUGUUGUUUCCAAGCUGGGGACCAUUUCUCUUGCCAUAGACGAGCAGGCACUGUUUCAAGAAUACUUGAUAAUAGCAAGUUAGAUUUCAAGCUUGGGUAUUUGAAUGAAAUUUGCUAUAAUGCUCUGUAUUUCCUAUCAAAUUUCUCUACCUUUUCAUCUGAGAUGUCAUUGGAUGUGACAUUUUAAUGGAAAUACUUAAAUUACAAAAGCAUAACUUAGCAACAAGAAUGAAAUAGACAAUUGAAAGUGGGACAUUUUCCUGGCAUGCCUUGCUGCUGAAAAUUGGACUUUGAGUCAAAACCCUGUUAGUGACACAUACCUCUUCCAGUCAUGUAAAUUGAUACUUAGCUUGGCAAACCUUCAAGGAGGCUUGCUUUGAACAGGAAAGGAGGCAACAGUCCUUCGGGGGUGUCAUUUUUACCUCGCAGCACACUGUGGAAGGUGCUUGAAGAUGGUCCUCACCUGAAGAUGCAAAUUAGCAUUGGGUUUUUGUCAAAACCUUGUCACCUCUCUGAUGGGAAAUGGAUGCUUCUACAUGAACAAUUUGUUUUUAAAUAGGCUGAUGCUUUAUAUUCUUGAUAAGUUAUUUGGAAGCCUGAAAUGAAAUCCUGCCUUCAGAAACUGAAACCGUUUAUGAGAAAGAGCAUGAGAUGGGGAUUGAUUCUAUUUUUUUUCCUCUGGAAUUUAAAAGAAACACAAAGGAUUGGUGUCUGAUCACCAUGGCAUUUACCAUGGUGAACUCUUUCGUAUCUCUUAUGAACCAGAGAAACAAGAACCUGGCAUUGAAGAAACAGAUUCCUUGUGUGUGACAACAGAGAAUCUCUCCCCGAACACUCCCAAACUUUUGUGAGGGUUUAUUUUACCUGAUUCUGUGAAACACAGACGUUUUGGUUGGAAAUAAAUUUGGGGUCAAUUGCAGUUCAAAACCAUGAAAGUAACUCAUAGCAAAGCAGCAUGAACAGCUUCACAGAGCUGUGGGUCAUGGGUUCUGCAAAGCAGUUUUGAUUUGGGGAUUCUAUUAUCUUCGUUUAAGAGGAGAGAAGGAUGAUUUCUUUAUUUAAUAGGUUCUCCUCUCAAAUGGAAAUUUGUUAAAUCCCUCUUACCAAGUCCCCCCGGUGGAGUUGCCAGGCAUGAUUCAGUUCCAAGUUCUGGCCUAGUGCCACUCGAUGUCAUUGGAAAUAAAUCACUGCCUGACAGCCGGUUCUAUAAACAACAAUAAUUGAGUUUCAUAGACUUUAUCCUUAUUAGUAGCAACCAAAUAAUUGAGUGGCAUCCCAGUGCAUUUUUCUCUUGCACAAACUUAUUAGAUUGAUUACAGAACUGCUCAGAGGGCAAACGUGCCACUGAGUAUUUUUUUUUCUUUUUUUAGGAAAAACAACUAAACACCAUAAAAUGUAAAAUUAAGGGUUUUGCCAAGAGAAUACUAGAUUUCUAGUGCCAAGAGAACUCCACACAACAGAAGUUAUUGUGUACAUUUGUAGUGGGUUUUAAGAACUUCAGAUUUGACCUUAUGGCCGUUUAGCAAUUAAAUAGCAAGAUGGAAAAAUACAUUUUGAGAGUGAGGAGGAGAAAAUGAAAAUGUAAUCAAAGUAUGCUAACAAAAUAAGCAGCAUUAGCUCUUUUGGAAAAGUAGCUUCAGUUCCAGGAAUUCUCAGAUUUCUUUUACCCUUAAAGUUGCUGAAGCAGUGGGAGAUGUGAAUUAUUUCACACAGCUGCAAACCAAACUUCGAGAACAUUCAAGCUGGAGUCGCGCGUGGGAUGUCGGCAUGGAAACACUGAGAAAAGGUGGCCCCUUACACUUUGCGUUGCUGCAUCCAGGUGAAGACUGGUUCAUCCAAGGAACAGAGAGUAGGCGAUGGUUGGGACUGGGAAAAUUCUAGAACCUGGGAAGGCCAGUAGGGUAAGAAGCUGCAUCCCUUGGUCAGCAGAUGACAGCAAAAGUGUGGAAGAACUGAGAACACCCCAAGAUGUCAUAGGAAACUCAUUUCCCCGAGUUCUUGGCACAGCCUACUUUUUUAGGAAUUUUCCAAAGGAACCUCUCAGGAUGUGUAAUUUGUCAAAGAGAAACUUGCUCUGCAGCCAUCACCUCUGUUCUAACAAAACUAGAGACACCUGAACUCCCAAGCAGGACCCUGUCCUGAGGCUGCAGGUUCAAGGUUGUGCACUGGGACGUUCAUAAGGCAGGGUCAAGGGUCUGGAGCCAAAGGGAAGUUGGCAAAGUUUGGGAUCUGAGCAUCCUGGGAGGGCUUCUGGCCGCAGCCACCCUGGUAGUUGCAUUGAAAGCCAGAAAACUCAGACACAUCCAUGUCUGCACAGCCCUGCUGGCCAGCUCGCUGACUCCGAAAGUCCUGCAGCUUUUUGACUACAUUCCUUCUCCGGGGACACCUGUUGUCAGGGACACUUCCAGAAAGAAGGGCUUGCGGGCAGCAGAAGGCUCCGUCAGGGUACUGCUGUUCCCGCCGUGCACCUGGGCACCAGCAUCCCUGCAGGGCCAUGCCGGCCCAGAGGACACGCAGGUCUCCAUUAGAAUCUGUGCAGCUCUGGGCUCCCCAGGAGACUCUAUGAACACAAACCCGGCUUUGGCGGGUGGAGACAGCCCAACACCCCAGGCCAGCAACACUGUGGGCUGGGAGUGUGAGAGCAAAGCCAGGCCUCCCAGUGAUGCAGUGGGUCUGCGAAACCUCUGGUUCCUGGGACUCAGUAGGCGUGUCUCAAGGACACACUUCGACCAAUCAGUACAGUGUUUCCUCCCCAUCCCUGAGCUUUCUCUGGGUUUCUUAUAAUCAGACGUCGCACACAGACUUCCAGUGUUUCUAAACUACCUUGUAGUGUGUGACUUGCAGCACACGUGCUCUUAGAGGACACCCAGUACCCAAAGGCUUCCAAGAGGCCCAUGAAGGUUCCAGAUAAAGUCAGAUGCAGCCCAAGGCAAGAGUGACUCCAGGGCACCUGAUCUUUGGUGCUCAAGGGCUUCUAUGUGUCCAUAAAGGCUUCGGGUGCUUUUUGGGACACCACUGGAGGAACGGUGGGUCUGGAUGUGUCCCGCUAGCAUCUCAGGAUACAGGAGAGGUCUCACCUCUCGCUAUCAGCUGGUCAGGGCUUGCCAGCGCCCUGGGAGCAGCGAUGAGAAGUGGGCAGUUCUUUCUGCAGGUGGAGAGUAAUUUGCAGAGGAUCCCCAGGGUACACUUUAAAUUGUAGACAACACACAGGUGUUAUUUUUGCCAAUGUAGAUUUAUAAUUAUAAAUUAUAUAAUUACAAAUUGUAGAUUUAUAAAAUAGAUUUUGAAUACAAGCACAGCUGUCAUGCAAACGGUAUCACUAAAGGGAGACUUGAAGUGUUGAAAAUCUUUAAAGCCUAGCCUAAUUUGACACUGAUGUUUUUCCAGCCAGUGUCCUUGCUUUUGGUUGGAAUAAUUGUAUUUUUAUUCAUGAUGCAUGCAUGGGUCAGAAUCACAUGAAAAGGCAAGUGUCUCCAAAAGGGCUGAUUUCUUCCUUUUUUUAAACGCUGCACGUGGAGGUGGUUGAAAGUUUCCUGAUAGAACUAAGGUUUCAGCGUGCUUCGUUUCACCUGCUGAAAUAAAAUUUCACCCGUGCCUCACGUUCUGGUAGUCAACGCUUCUGCGUGAAAGUUAAGAAAACAUUCAAAAAUUAUCUUUGUGAGAUAAAAAUUAAGCAAAGCUAAUUCAGGAUCUAUUCACUUAUAGUAAAAAUCACCAAAAAUACACUUCUGUAACCCCAUUUUCUUUCACAAUUGUGUGUUCUUUGCUGUUAGUGGUAACAACUUGGAAUUGUUUUUCUCUCAUUUUCCUAAUUGUGGAUGUAAUGUUAUACAUUCUUAUCAGUGAGGCUGGAAAUUCUGUUUAGGGUUGGAAUUAGCAUAACAAGAGGGAAAAGAACGAAUGAGAUUUACAAUGUGCUAAUAAAAGAUGAAUUUUUGUAAUCUAGAAUGAUGUACUAUUUCUGUUAAUUUGCACUGUUAAAUAUAAUUAAAAUUUAAAAUCCAUAUGUUCAGUCACUUAAAGUAGCCACUCAUUUUUUUCUCCAAAAGGGUGACUUUUCUGCACCAGUGUUUCUGUUUUGGCUGAAGAGCUGCAAGCCUUGUAUUCUAAAAAAAAAAAAAAAAAAAGUCCUAAAAGUAGUGCUUUGGAAAAUAUAUCUAUGUGUGUAUCUCAGAUGUACAUCCUUUAAUACACAAUGCUUAAGUGCAAACUAUUUCUGAAAAUGCUUCAGGUUAUUUUAUAUUUCCCUUUGGAGUUUCCCUCUAUUUUUAGUAUAUCAUGUUAAGUCAAAGUGUUGAUGGGACCAGGAGCUGGACUACAGAGGUAUUCAUGCCAUCCGAGAGGAUGCUAUCUUAGCUACUGACCAGUAUCCAAGUUGUGAUGCACCUCAAAAGUGGAAUUUUCUACAAUAAUCUUAUUUUUCUACCUAUCUGUUCCACCAAUUUGAGAUAUGUACCAUUGAGAAGGAAAUAAAAGAGUUUGGAUUGUU